CUCAGCUAUCCAUGGCAGUCUAUUAUAGGAGGGUAAGAGAUAAGAUAACAUGGGCUACACAUAAAACCCUCCAUCAUCGCCUGGAUUGGAGUAAACCUUCAUUCAGACAUGGCAAGCAAGAAAGCUUCCAACAAGAGGCAGAGGGGAGGACAGAAAUCCUCCUCAAAUGUCUUUUCCAUGUUUGAGCAGUCUCAGAUACAGGAGUUCAAGGAGGCGUUUGGUUGCAUUGACCAAGACAGAGAUGGUGUUAUCAAAAAACAGGACCUGAAGGAAACUUAUGCACAACUGGGGAAGCUAAAUGUCAAAGAGGAGGAGUUGGAUGAAAUGCUGAAUGAAGGGAAGGGUCCCAUCAACUUUACUGUAUUUCUGACACUUUUUGGGGAGAAACUCAGUGGUACUGAUCCUGAAGACACCAUACUAGCAGCCUUCAAACUUUUUGACCCCAAUGGAACAGGCUUUGUUAAUAAGGAUGAAUUUAGACGAUUACUGAUGAAUCAGGCUGAUAAAUUCACAGCAGAGGAGGUGGAUCAGGCAUUCGCUCUCGCUCCCAUAGAUCCAACUGGAAACAUUGACUACAAGUCUCUCUGCUACAUCAUCACACACGGAGAUGAGAAGGAAGAAUCAUGAACAGGACGGUUGUGUGAAGGCAUAUCAUGAAGUCCAACUAAACCCAUUUUACCUUGACUGUUAAUAAUUUGACCUGUCUGCAGUGCAGUGCUGUCCUUGAGUUAGUGAAAGUAAUAAGCCCUAUGCCCAGUACAUGUGAACUUAACUGAAAUCUAAGCCCAAUGAGAUGUGGGAUAAUCAAUAUCAAUCAAAAAGGAAUAAUCAAGCAUGAUUUUAAGAUGGGGAAUCCUUUUCUGACACAUGGUCACAGGACCGCAUGGUGUGAGAAGAAGGUAAGAAUUUUUGCUCUAGAAAUCAUUUUUAAAAUGGCAUAAAUUGUAAAUGACAGAUACGUGUAUGUGCUGUA